UCUCUGAAUCAAGUAGAAUUGCGAUUCUUCUUACUCUUUCCCCACCCUUCUCUCUCUCUCUCUCUACUUUUGUAGAAUUGUUAUCAUUUUGGGGUUUGCUAGCUUUUUUCUAUAUAGCUUCUUUUAUUUUUCUUUUUCUAGCUAAUUUUGCCACCCCCUUCCUUUGGUCUGCCACUAUAAUUAUCACUUUCUGUACACUAUUAUCUGCAAUACCCAGCUACUGACAUAUAAUUUCUCUUUCGUAGGGAUAUAUAGGAGAGGGUUUACAGGAAUAACUAUCUUAUUGUCUGAUCUUUCUAAGUUUGAUUGCAUGGUGAGCUCAUAGUUGGUUCUAGUGAGAGAGAGAGAUUGGAAAGAGAUAUAGAUGAAUUGGGUAGCAGUGUUGCUCAGACAAGCAAUCCAUGGCUAGAUAGCGACUUGGAGAAUAACCCAUCAUCAUCAUCAUCUCUUCACGAGAUUUUGCUUUUGCUACCCAAUGAAUGAUGCCUUUCUGUGUCUGUAAUUCACUGCCAUCUGUUCAUCUACGAAGCUGUGUUUAGUUGUGUCCAAAGCUGGGAGUCUCUAUUUCUGGGGCUGCCCUUACUUGCUCUUCUUGUUGUUUCCUCGAAGCUGCAGAGUGGGCACUUGGAGAAGGGUUAAAGUGGUAGAAAUAUAUCAAACAAAAACAAAGAAACAGUUUUUUCCUUGGAGUUUUCUUGUUCACAGGCAUGUUCCCUGCAGCCAUCUCCAAUUCAACUUCUUUGUCUGAGGAUGCUAGUGUUUCUUCCGGUAAUAGAGUUCAGGAUUUUUGCGGCUUAAAUCCAGUGGUUUCCGCCGUUUCUCCUCAACAGCAGCAGCAGCAGCAACCCAAAAUCAAGAAGAAGAGAAGCCUACCAGGAAACCCAGACCCAGAUGCUGAAGUGAUAGCAUUAUCUCCAAAGACCUUAUUAGCUACCAAUAGAUUUGUGUGUGAGAUCUGCAACAAAGGGUUUCAGAGAGAUCAGAAUCUUCAACUUCACAGGAGAGGCCAUAAUCUUCCAUGGAAGCUGAAGCAACGAAAUAGUAAGGAGAUCAAGAAGAGAGCCUACGUUUGCCCUGAGCCAUCAUGUGUUCACCACCAUCCUUCAAGGGCUCUGGGUGACCUCACGGGUAUCAAGAAACACUAUUGCAGGAAACACGGGGAGAAGAAAUGGAAGUGCGAAAAGUGUUCAAAGAUCUACGCUGUUCAAUCAGAUUGGAAGGCUCACUCUAAAACCUGUGGAACUAGAGAGUAUAGAUGUGACUGUGGAACCCUUUUCUCCAGGAAGGAUAGCUUCAUAACCCACAGGGCAUUCUGUGAUGCAUUAGCAGAAGAAAGUGCAAGACUCUCAGCUCACCAAUUAGUUUCUACAAAUCCAAUACCCCAAUCUCUUCUUCUACAAAAUCCACAACCCCACCCUUCUUUCUUCCCUCUUACUACCCAUCAUCAUCAUCCCCUGUCCCUCAACCCUUGGGACCCACCACCUCAAAACCCUAGCAACCCUCAAAACCCAGUUCAAGUCAAGCCUGAAUCUCACCAUUUCCAGCUUCCACCACUCUUCCAAGAACAGCCACCAUCGUUGUCAACCCAUAAGGGUUUGAUAACCUCAUCCUUCCAAAGCCUUUCAAACCCUGCAGCGUCAGCAUCAUCGCACCACCUUUCAGCCACUGCACUGCUCCAACAGGCUGCAACCGUGGGUGCAACUCAGGCAGUGGGUCAAAGUCACAUGACGCAAUUGGAUAUGGGGGACUUAGGGACGGUGAGUCAGGCAGCAACUGACUCAGUGAGUCAAAUAUCCCGUCAGGGAUCUUACCUGGGCAAUCUCGCUGCGUGGCAGAAGAAUGACCAUUUAACAAGAGACUUUCUGGGUCUGACCGGUGAUGGCCACGUUGGCAAUGGGAACGUAGGGAAUGGGAAUGGCGGUGUUAACGUUAGCAUGAAUGUUAGGGAAAUACUAACAUACACAGGUGGAGUAGGGUUGCAGCAAUACAGUGAGAGAGACCAUACGCUGUUGAAACCCCAUGGUUUUGGAUUUCCCCAGCAACCUGCCUCGGAAACGUGGGGUGACUGCUGAAUUGCAGAAAAGGGUAAAAUAGUAUUUUCAGUUCUUGCUUGCCCAUUUCAAAAAUGACAGAAAUACCCUCAAACUCUUCCCUAAGCAAAAAUGAGGAGAGGUGAUGGAUCUCCUUAAUUUCUUUCUUGUUAUGCAACCAUCAUCUCAUUUUAUAGUAUCCUUUAUUUCAGACA